GCCUUCUGCGUGGAAGGCCGUUGCCUGCAAUGCAACGGCCGGGGCAGUGAAGAAGCAGUAAGCGGUGGUGCCGGUGGCUUCCGCGUUCCUUGGCGGGGUUGGUGCGCCGCGGUUGGGGAACGGGGCGGAAUCCGUCGGGCACCGGCCGUUACCCGAGGCGAAGGGAUGAGCUUGUGAGGGGAGAGAAGCUAGGGGUGGAGACUGCUCACUGCGGAGCAAUGUCCCAACCGCCGCCGCCUCCGCCGCCUCCUCAGCAGCAGCCCCCGCCGCCUGUCUCGAAAAAGCGGGACCGGCGCAUCUUCUCCGGAACUUGCCCGGACCCCAGCUGCCAGGCGCGCCUGUUCUUCCCGGCCCACGGGCCGCUGAGCAGCGGCAGCAUCGAGUGCACGGACUGCGGGCAGCGCCACGAGCAGCGACAGCUGCUGGGGGUGGAGGAGGUGACGGACCCGGACCUGGUGCUGCACAACCUGCUGCGGAACGCACUGCUGGGGGUGAGCGGCGGGAGCCCCCCCAGGAAGAACACGGAGCUGGUCAAAGUUAUGGGCCUGUCCAACUACCACUGCAAGCUGCUUUCCCCCAUCCUGGCCCGCUAUGGCAUGGACAAGCAAACGGGCAAGGCCAAGCUUCUCACCGAGAUGAACCAGGGGGAUGUUUUUGACUGUGCUCUCCUGGGCGACCGUGCCUUCCUCAUCGAGCCUGAGCAUGUCGACACUAUGGGCUAUGGCAAGGACCGCUCCGGCAGCCUCCUUUACCUGCAUGACACCCUAGAGGACAUCAAGAAAGCUAACAACAGCCAGGACUGCCUGAUCCCUGUCCACGUGGAUGGUGACGGCCACUGCCUGGUCCAUGCUGUCUCAAGAGCACUGGUGGGCAGGGAGCUGUUCUGGCAUGCGCUCCGGGAGAACCUGAAGAAGCACUUCAAGGAGAACCUGAGCCGCUACAAGGCUCUCUUCCAUGACUUCAUCGAUGCAGUAGAGUGGGAGGACAUAAUCAAUGAGUGUGACCCUUUGUUUGUCCCCCCAGAAGGUGUGCCAUUGGGCCUGCGAAACAUUCACAUCUUUGGUUUGGCCAAUGUGCUUCACCGACCCAUCAUCCUGCUGGAUUCCUUGAGUGGAAUGCGUAGUUCUGGAGAUUACUCAGCAACUUUUCUCCCUGGGCUGGUACCGGUAGAAAAAUGCAUGGGAAAAGAUGGCAUGUUGAAUAAACCUAUCUGUAUUGCAUGGAGUAGCUCUGGACGUAACCAUUAUAUUCCUUUGGUUGGAAUAAAAGGUGCUGCUUUACCAAAACUGCCUAUUAAAUUACUUCCUAAAGCUUGGGGAGUUCCUCAGGAUCUCAUCAAAAAGUACAUCAAACUGGAGGAGGAUGGUUGUGUGAUUGGAGGAGAUAGAAGUUUGCAAGAUAAAUACUUACUGAGGCUGGUUGCUGCAAUGGAAGAGGUUUUCAUGAAUAAGCAUGGUAUUCAUCCCAGUUUAGUAGCUGAUGUACAUCAGUAUUUUUACAGAAGAACUGGUGUAAUAGGAGUUCAGCCUGAAGAUGUUACUGCAGCUGCCAAAAAAGCAGUGGUGGAUAACCGCCUUCACAAGUGUCUAAUCUGUGGUGCCCUUUCAGAGCUUCAUGUUCCUCCAGAGUGGCUGGCUCCAGGAGGGAAACUGUAUAAUCUGGCCAAAAGUACCCAUGGCCAGCUGAGGCCUGACAAAAAUUACAGUUUCCCUCUGAACAGUUUGGUGUGCUCUUAUAAUUCUGUGAAGGAUGUCCUGGUACCAGACUACAGUCUGAGUAGUUUGACUGCUUGUAACUGGUGUCAUGGUACCUUGGUGCGUCGUGUCAGGGGAGAUGGAUCUGUUGUGUAUCUGGAUGGGGACAGAACUAAUACUAAAUCCACUGGUGGCAAAUGUGGCUGUGGAUUCAAGCAUUAUUGGGAUGGUAAAGAAUAUGACAAUCUCCCUGAAGCCUUUCCUAUUACUUUAGAAUGGGGUGGAAGAGUGGUGAGAGAGACUGUAUAUUGGUUCCAGUAUGAAAGUGAUACAACCCUUAACAGUAAUGUGUAUGAUGUUGCAAUGAAACUUGUUACCAAACAUUUUCCUGGUGAAUUUGGUAGUGAGAUUCUUAUUCAGAAAGUUGUCAAUACAAUAUUACAUCAAACUGCCAAAAAGAACCCUGAUGAUUAUACUCCUGUAAAUAUUGAUAGUGCUCAUGCGCAAAGAGCUGAUGAUAUGCAACAAGGACAAGACUUAGAUUCGCAACUUCCAACCAAAAUUAUUCUUACUGGACAGAAAAUGAAAACUUUGCACAAGGAAGAGUUAAAUAUGAGUAAAACUGAAAGAACUAUUCAACAGAACAUUUCAGACCAGGCUUCUGUAAUGCAGAAACGGAAAACUGAAAAAUUAAAACAAGAACAAAAAGGACAACCUAGGACUACUUCCCCUGCUGCUGUUCGUGAUGGGCCAUCAUCUGCUCCUGCUACGCCUACAAAGACCCCUUAUUCUCCAACUUCUACAAAAGAAAAGAAGAUCCGAAUAACAACAAAUGAUGGGCGACAGUCUAUGCUUACACUGAAGUCCACAACCACAUUCGUGGAGCUGCAGGAAAGUAUAGCCAGAGAAUUUAAUAUUCCUCCAUACUUGCAAUGUAUUCGCUAUGGCUUUCCUCCCAAAGAGCUUCUGCCACCCAAGGAAGGAAUGGAGAACGAGCCAGUUCCCUUACAGCAUGGUGAUAAAAUAACUAUAGAGAUCUUCAAAGGUAAGGAAGAAGGUAGUCAGUCUACUUCAGUACCCUCAACUCAUGCUGUGAAACAUGAAGAUGUUGCAGUAACCAGUAAAAUAUCUUCCAAGGAGUUGCAAGAGCAAGCUGAUAAAGAAAUGUACUCAUUGUGUCUUCUAGCAACAUUAAUGGGUGAAGAUGUUUGGUCAUAUGCAAAGGGACUUCCUCACUUGUUUCAGCAGGGUGGGGUGUUCUACAGCAUAAUGAAGAAAACUACUGGCCUGGCUGAUGGCAAGCACUGUACUUUUCCAUAUCUGCCUGGUAAAAACUUUGUGUAUAAUGCAGCAGAAGAUAGAUUAGAGCUGUGUGUGGAUGCUGCUGGGCACUUCCCUAUUGGUCCUGAUGUUGAAGACUUGGUUAAAGAGGCAUUAAGUCAAGUACGAGCAGAGGCUACUUCAAGAAGCAGGGAAGCGAGUCCUUCACAUGGACUUCUGAAAUUAGGUAGUGGUGGAGUAGUGAAAAAGAAAUCUGAGCAACUGCAUAAUGUAACUGCAUUUCAAGGAAAGGGCCACUCACUAGGAACUGCAUCUACUAGCCAACAACUUGAUCAGAAAUCCAGGGAAACACCACUUUUAAGAGAGCAUAACACAGAAACAGACUUCAAUCGCAGUCCUACUAAAAUAGAGCCUUCUAUAUUCACAGCUGCUUCUGGUAACAGUGAGCUUAUUCGCAUAGCUCCUGGAGUAGUGACAAUGAGAGACAGCAGGCAGCUUGACCCUACCUUGAUUGAGGCACAGCGAAAAAAAUUACAGGAAAUGGUUUCUUCUAUUCAGGCAUCAAUGGACAGACACCUGCGGGAUCAGAAUGCAGAGCAGUCAGCAUCAAUCGAUUUGUCACAAAGGAAAGUAGAAGCGGUGAGUUCAUCACCUAAAACUGGCAGCGUUCAGGCUAAUUUGCCAGAUUCUUUUUCCGUAACAGGUGGCACUGAACAUUCAAAUACAGAAACAACUGCUGGCAACAUGGUAAAUUCAAUGGGAGCAACAUUCCACACCAGACCUAAAGCGCAAAAAGGAAAUUCUGUUGAGGAGGCUGAGGAGAUGGAUAGUCAAGAUGCAGGGAUUGCUAAUACAACUGAGCCGAUGGAUCACUCUUGAUUGGUUGAAAGCUGAUAAGGAUAGAUGUUCAAAUGUAAUAUUUGUUGGCUGGGCCAUAUAAAAUGAUUAGUCAUUAAAUCUUGUAUGUUUCAAAGAUUAUAUCUUCUUAUCCAGUGCAUGAUAGCAAGUGUGUGACUGGCAAUAGCUUUUAAUAUUCCAUGCUGCUGCCCAGGCUGGCUCUCAGUGACCUGUAAAUUAGCUAUUAGAGAAUGCACUGAGAUGAAUAUCUGCUGUAGAUGUGGGUUAUUGAAAGUUUUGUAAUUUUAAUUCCAUGAAAGUCUUAAAAUUUAAGCCCAUGUGAGAUUCUUAGUGCUAGUGUAAGAUUACCAAAAAGGCUAGAACAGAGCAAAAAUAGAAAAUUGACAACGUUAAUGUGUUAUCCGAGAAGUCUGUGUCCACUCAAAAUUAUAGUGUAAACAGACAUUUACAUUAAUUUCAGAAGAGCAACUGAAAUUAAAUUGUAUGUUAAACUUCAUAAAACAAUAUAUACAACACUUUAAUUACAUGAUGCUGGCAUUCCCUUAGAUUUAAACACUUUUGCAUCCAUAUUCCUGUAAGUGCUUGUCAGAACCUUGGGAUAAGAGUAACUAUAAUUCAGCUCCCUUUAUCUUCUGCAUAUUAUCAGUUUGAGCAAGAUUAGAAAAAAGGCUACUUAGUGUAAGAUGAAGACAAAGUGAAUGCGGUGCAGUUACGCAUGGCUGUCUGAGCCAACACAGCCAUUUCUAAGUAAGUGAUAGCAUGCACUUUUUUGCCAUGCAAUUUUUUUGAUAUUGGGAUAUGGGGGAGAGAGGUUGGAAAGUGUUGUAAGAAGUUACAACAGCUCAAUAGCAAAUCAGUUCUUAAAGAUUUUGAUUAUUAGCACUGGUAAAUGGUGGCUAUAGUUAAGUAAUGGCUAAUAUUUUCAGAGCAUGAGGAAUUAACAGAAUUCAUUAGAAAGAAAUAGCUCUUGAAUGAGUUGCAUUGUUCUAAAAUGUUCUCCAGUGAUAGUUGAGCUUCUAGAAGCUCAUUUUUUAAACUCCAUGGAAACAGGAAAUAUGUACUGUUUCAAUGCCCAUAAAGAUGACUGUUUCUAUUAGCUUCUCUUCAGUUUGAGAUGCAAAUUUCCCUGCAUCAGUUCAUAAUAAAGCUGGUAUCUGCUUAAGUAGCAUAUUCAUCAGAUCUACAGUGCUAGUUCUUAAGAAGCAGCCACUGUGCGUGCUCCAUAAAGAUGGAAUGUGUAUCUUUGCCUUCUACUUUCUAUAUUCAUAUUUUAAGUGCAUUAUUGCUGCUUCCUCUAAUUUAAGCUAAAAUGGAUUAGGCAAAAAGUGUUAAAACAGCCUCAAAGGAAUUUACAACAUUUAGAUCUUGAAGUCUGUUUGUGUACACACAUGGGUUUUUACUAGUUCCACAGAUAUUAAGUUUUUAUUAUAAACAUGUUUGUAUUCAGAAAAAUAUCUCCUUACUUUUUACAUUUAUAGUCACAUCAACAGAAACAAAUUCUAAGCACUGUUAUGAUAGAAUGCCCUGCUUAAGGGAGGACAUAUUUUUUUAUAUGGAAAAGUACCUGAAGCAAAUCACUUAAAAUAUAGUCCCAAUUUAAUUAAAUUACUAGUAAUUAAAACAUCAUAUAUUGGUUUCUCUUUUCAUACAGGGAACAAAUAUUUAAUAAGGUAGUGCAUUACUUACAUAUGAAACAUAAAAAUCACCUUUUCAUGAAUAAAUGCUAAUUUAAAAGAUAUUCUUUUGCUAACUUUGCAAGCUCAACCAAAUAACUAUAAGUGAAGUAAACUUGGCACCAAAAUUGACCUCUCUGGUGUAUUGAUUAACUGACAGUGCUUAUCCAAUGAGAAAUAGGAUGCACAUGUAGCAGCUGGAAGCUUGCCAUAACCUCAGAUGUUGUAUUACUGUCCAUUGCUGCAGCCUAGCUGUUUGGAGGCUGGAGACAGAAAGCACACGCUUCCACAUGGUGAGAAGUGUUCCCAGAAAUCACUAUAAAUGAGCAGGGGUUGAGAGAAGAGGUACGUGGGUGGCUUUGGAUUUUAGUGAAUCUAGCUGAUAUAAGAAUUUCUUAAACAUACACUAAAAUCUCUUCAAGGAAAAAGAGAGAAACCUUCCCCAUAAGUAAAGUAUGUGUAGGGUGUUGGGGGAGAAUGAGGUAUUGCCAUGCAUUUUUAAAUUUAUUACACCUCAGUCUUUCAUAAUCCUAUUCAGAAGGAUGGUGUGUACCUGUCAGCGACCUAUUGCAUUUUCUGGGGGACUGCACAAGUAGGUGUAUGUGCACAUCUUAUUGCUUGAAGAGGAAGACUUAGAGCAGGUUUGACUUUGAUUUUGUUUGGUUUAUUUUGUUAAAUCUUUCCACACAUCUGUACUAUGUGAACAGAAAUGACAUAGAUGCAGGUUAUUCAUUCUUUGGUUUUGGCCCACAAUUAGUGUCAUGUGUCUGGGACCCAUCAAAAAUCAUGUCUCUCAAAAACCUUCACUUUAUGAAAUAAAGAAAUAUGAAGAAAACUCCAGGAUGCAUGAGAAGUGUAAUUGAAGCUCAUUUUUUAGCUUGAUGUAAGCUCCCCAUGUUUCAUGCAGGCUUGUAAUAAAUGUGCAUAUUUCUUUGCAGUUUUUCUUUAUUUCAUUAACUUUCUGAUGUAUUUAAACAGAUGCAUUUAAUUUCCAACAAAAUCCAAAAUGAAGUUACAUUUCAUCUACACCCUGGGGAGGUGUGUGUCCGUAUGAAAAAAAAUAAAUAAAGAGCACUGAAACUUGUAAGUUCAGGAGAGCAUUUCAUUUGAACUCUAGUGGGCCUAAUAGAAGCAAAUAUAGUUUGAGAGAUAUACAAGCCUGUUUUUCUGCCACUUGUGUGCUUGUCAUCUUUCCCUAAGAGACUCAGGAAAAUGCUCGGGUUGGGGGAGCAUGCUGGUGGGAGGAGAGCUUUAGUAAAAUAAUAGUGGUGAAUAAAGCUGUGUGACUAAGGCUUCUCUCUGAAGGUGCAAAGAUCAGUCAGUAUUGUUUAUCAUCAGACCUACUAGUACUUACUACAGAGUCACCAGUGUGAAAUUCAGUUGUGGUUCCCACAUUUUGGGACAACUGUACCAGUUACUGUCCUAGCCAGAGCCUGCCAACUUUUGCUCAGUGUGCACGGCAAAUUAGACUUAAGUUUUGGAGCAUCCCAAGCUCCGUUGCUGGUUAAUGUAUGUAAUUUGAAUGAGAGGCAAGGCAGGCAGUGGCAAAUGCCAGGGCCCAGUGCAAAGACUUGCUAACAUAGAGAUUGAAAUCCAGACUAUUGGACAAAUGCUUUUGAAUCAAUAUCGGUAUGCAGACUAGAAAUCACUGGAGUACAGCAUGCAGUUUGCUUGCCAGACAAAUGCAAGAUAUUAACAGUAUUGUUACAAUGGUUGGCUAUGAAUAAGUACUUGCUACUGUGUUAUAUUUCUCUGGGAAUUAAUAUUUGAAUUUCAUUGCUUGAGUGAAGUAGAGAUUUAUGUACCUUUCUUAAGAUGCUGUAUUAGUUACUAUAAUAUAUUCUUUGGGACAACUUCCCUUUUGCAAUCACAAAGACAUUCAUUCAUACUGGUGGGGUUGUUUUUUUGAGCUUUUCAAGUUUAAAUAGUGUCAUCAGAUGUAAAAAUAGAUCAGAACUUAAGAGUCUGAUCAUAUUUGAAAUUAAAGGCAGUCCUUUAUUUUACACAUCUGUUUAUUGUGUGGUUUAAUAGUUAUGUGGAAUUUUUAAAACCACAGAUCAAGCAUGUGAACAUAAAACAGUUCUUUGUAAGGAUGAUAUUGAGGUAUGGCUGUGUUAAUGUCUAAACAAGGUUUCUGUAGCCUCCGAGAGAAUACUCUGGCAAACUUCACAGAAGUACACUGGCUCAAAGCUGUGUGCUAACUCCAUACAAAGGGUGUGUGUGUGUAUAUAUAUAUAUAUAUAUAUUUAAACCAAAGUGUUUAAUUUAAAAUCUUCAAAAUAUGGUUAAAAAAGGGAGGGUGGGGGGAACUGUACUGCCCCCUAAUACUAGCUCACUAAUUCUGCCUUUUCUUUGGAACACACUGAAAUGCUGGAUAUUACAAUUCAGAAUUCAAUAUUUAGAAGUACAGGAGUUUCAGCACUAUGCUCCAGCAUAACUGAAGAAAAUGUGAAUGAGGAAAAUGCCAUUGUUGUUUGUACAUUUGUUUGGCACCUGACAAUUUUUUUUUAAAUUAAGGAGUCUACAUACAUUUGUAGUACAAUAUUAACAUGAAGUUGAGCCUCCUGUUUAAGAACACCGGUCGUGAUCUGUUUAACGUUGUUUUGCUUGUGAAUAUCAGUUACUGAGUAUUUAAAAUUUUAAGAUGUUGCAUAAAAUCUGUAGAAUGCAGAAUUCCCUCUAAGCCCUUAUGCCUGUGGUAGAGCAAUAAAAGAUUGAAACAUGAUUGGUAUUUUCAGAUUUAUUUUAUUUUUAAUGAAGAUUAUUGCCAAGGAACUAAAAAGAGUGCACUAUUUGGAGGUAAUGCUAUUUAAAAUAUGUAUAAAUAAGCAUUAAUAGUGUAUAUAUUUAGAAAACAAAUCUUUUUAAACAGUAAGUGCUUUACAUGUUGAAUUAAAAAUAAAUUAGCGUAAGACAUUGUACCAUCUUCACAGCACUGGCUGUUAUCCAGCCCAUUUUGGUUUGUUUUAUUUGUGAUUCUUGUACUAAUUACAUUUGGUUUUUAUCUGUAAUGUAACAAUAGUGUAUGAUAACAGUAUAUAGUGUACUAUACUACACUUCACUGUACAGUAUUUGGAAUUUUCUUUGCUAUAUUAAAACUAAGUUAAAAAGUC